GUUGUUACUGCAAAUUUAAUUUAAUUGAUGUAUUUUUGCUGUUAGGAUGAAGGAUGCCAACCCCAGAUGGAAGGGCAAACCACAAUGCUGAAAGAAAAAUUAGUGUCUCGUCUCCGGUUUGAACCAGAGAGGACAGAGGUGCUGCUUAUGGUUAAAGGCAGGUAUAUCGUGUGUGAACCAGCUGGCAGCAGUAAGAAAGACAGCAGUGAGCUGUCAUCUUCAGUAAAGAAGAAAUACUCCACUCUUCGCACAGCAGUUUACAGACCAAGUACAGAAAAGAAAAAUGAAGCAGAAAUAAAAGAGGAAGUCAUGGGCUUUGGUAAAAUACACCCAAGAAAACAUAAAAAAGAAAGAGAAUUAUCUGCUUGUCAGCCUAUGAUGGUAUCUGAGCAUGAGACAAUGAAGCUAAAGAGGAAUAUAACAAAAGUGGCAUCCUUAAUGUCAAAGAAUGAGAAUUUGAAAAAUAUACUUCCCACAAGUUCCAUUUGCAAAGCAGUUCAGCAAGUCUUUGGCACGUCACCUUCUUUAUCUGUAUAUGAUAGUAAUAGCAGGACUGAAAUGCAAAUGUCUGUGUUUGAACCGAGUUAUCAUAAAAAUAUUUUUGAGCAACCAAAAGCUGAAAGAACUCCUAAAAAGCCCAUGAAAGCAAAAGUUUAUUCAUACGAUAAAACAGAGACCUUUAUUGCUAAAAGAUAGUGGGGAAUAUAUAUACUGUCUUCAAAGAAACAAGAACAAUCUUAAAGUUCCCUACAACCCGUAUGAUCUACAGGUUGUCUCUACAAAUACAGCUAUGCACAACACAGAAUAUUGGACUAUUACAGCUUCAUUUGUGUCUAAGUUUCCUGCAAACCAGAAAUUGGGAGAAAUGGAAGCAACACCAGUACCACAAUGGCUGCAUGAAAGACAUCUGUAUUACAGGUUACUUAACUUGAAUUUGUUUUCCAAUUUCAGAAUGAAGAAAUUCUUUCUGAUCUGGAAAGCAAAUGCUAGAAGAAGUAAGACAAACAAGAGCAAGUCAGUUUGAAUGUAGGUUUUACAUGUGAAAAGAAUUAAAGAAUCUUCUGAUGUACGCUUGCGGAGAAUAGUCAGACUUCUUAGUGUCACUGAUAAACACCAGCCUUGGGCAAAGGGGGUUGAGCAGCUUGAUUUCACUUCUCUUAUACAAACUUUGUAGAUGGAGGUCUGCAAGCUUGGUGUGAGAGGCUGCUGAAGGAGGGAGUCAUUCAGUAUUAGCAUUAGUUAGAUGAAGCAAGAGAAAAGU